GUCUAGCAUAUGCUUUUGCUACUAUCAAAUAUAUAUUUAAUUUUUUAAAUUGCAUUGCAUUUAUUCUGUUUAGCGCGCAAUAUAUACAGCCAGCGUCGUCCAAAGAGACAUUAAUCCUUAUUUCCAUGUUAUUUUAAUUAUGUGAAAUUAAAAGUGUAGGAAAUUAAAGUACGUCAAAGGAAGGCGCAUCUGAGAGUGCGCAGAACAUUCUGAAAACGUAUAAAUGUAACGGGGAAGGCUGCCCAUUCACAAUUUAGCUGAAGCCGACGUCACCGCUCCGUGACAACUUUGAAAACGGUGACAACUUUACGUGUUACGGACGAUUAAUUCUUUUACAAUAUGAAAGCGUUCUUUUGUAUCAUCGUGGCAGUGUUAGCUUGCAAUGGCAUUGAAAGCCUUCUUUUACCGACAUGGAGAGGGCUACGGAGUCCAGGACAUGCGCCAUCUUGGUUUUCCAGGGUGAGACGUUAUCCGAUACCCACACAUCGCAUCAUUGAUCCCACCGAAGACUGUUUCCUGGUAACAUCCGAAGAAGGGGAGCUAUUCUUUAAGUCGCCGUCUGACGAGCCGACAGUAUGUGGUAUCUACAUGAUAGCGGAGCCAGAUAAGCGGAUCCAGGUCAUAUUCAACUAUCUAGAUGUGCCAUGCGACAAUGGCGGCUUAGUCGCGUGGAUCGAUGGCUGGGAGUUGAACGGGCAAGUCUGGCCAGCGGAUUCCUGGGACGACGACAGGGUUGUAGAGUCGUGCGACACUCGACCACAACGCAAGCUUGUGUCCCGACAGAACGCAGCGCUAGUCCAGUACAGGGUACCGGCUCGUGGAAAAGGAUUUGCGAUAACGAUACGACAUUUGAGAAAUGCAAGACCUUGCAAUCAGAUGCUGUUCGGGACAGAAGGCGUGUACACGUUGCGUAAUCAUGGAGAAACUGGGAAUUGUUCAAUGAUCGCCGUAUCUCCAGCCAGCGUCCGUGUCCUGGACCUCAACGUGGGUCAGUCUAUUAAAAGAGGAACUCUACUGGAUGUUGAAACAGGGACGAUUUCUCAUUGCACAAAGCGUGGCCUCGUGGACUACGCGGAUAUUGGGGGAGCCAGCGGCCUCGACCACACCAAAAUGGAGAUCUACGACAGUAUAUGCGGUCUCAACUCGAAUGAAGCUCAUCGUCCCAUGCUGAUCGCGUGUGAAGAUACGGUUAUACGACUCGUAUCCAGCGGACGAUAUCAAAAUUCAAUUACCCUGGCAUUUUCACCCCUCCCCCUGGAACACUACGAACAUGCUGAUUUAAUCUGCGGUAUCAAUGAAAUUUAAAUAAAUUUAUUACCUUGGACAUCGAUUUGCGGCUCUGGCGAUUCGACAGAUGUUCUUGGCUUUUGAUUUUUUCUAUAGAAGUCAUGUCUAAGUACGAUGAGUAUUAUUUGUCGAUAAAGUUUUAUAGGUAUUAGACUUGUAACGACAAUCUCGGUUUCAACGGUUAACUAAACUUUAUGUUUAUUAUCAGUGCGUGAUUAUAAAAAAAAACAUAAUGUUGUAAACUUUAUUGUAAAAGUCUUAACAAAUAUCUAACCGGACUUUGUUGUGGAAUCCCAUUAAUUUUAUAAUAAGAACACGUCAUGUAUAUGCUAAUAAUAAAUUAUAAAUAAUUUCAGUUGAAAUUCAAUUGUAUCGAUUUAUGUUACCGAUUAUUUACAUCACUGAUAAAUCGAUUAUAUCCGAAUAAACGUUACAAGCGUAGUUGGUAUCUUAAGCUUAAUAUAUAUGUAAACGUUUUAAAGUAAACUUCAAAGUAGGGAUAGUAUACCAAGAAAUACUAAAUGUUUACUCAUAUAAUGUACUUCAGAAGUAAAUGUAGAAGCUAUAUCUAGUCAAUCGGUAAAAACGGGUAGUUACUUCCCAACCGCCAA